AGAAACUUGACGACGCGGUUUCGAAUUCGAUUGCGCAACGCGCGCUUAGCCCCUAGCCGUACCUUCUCCAUCUCCGAUUCGGAUGCGCUCCGGCUCGUGGUUGCAGGGUGUACCGUUGGGCAAGAUGCGCGAAAGACGCAGGGCGAGAGCUUGUUUGGACGUCAGGGAGGAUGGCGAUUGCUCCGCCUCUUGUGGCUUGCGAGGCAGAGGCAUGACUCGAGCGCAGCCACUUCUGAUCGUCAGAGCAGGCCUCGCCGAUGUGUGGAGUUUGGGGGCGGCUCUCGGUAUUCUGCUAGCCAGCGGUGAUGAGAUUUCGGGGCGUGAAGCUUAGCUACGCGUGCGCGAGACUCCUAGACACCUAUCUGGACCUCCCCUACUGCCACUUGGAAUGGGCCAUACUGCGACCUACCCGCUAGUGCAGUUGAGGCUGCUCAUAGCGUCCGCUAUACGCACCCGAUCACCCGU